UCCGGUGUCUCCAUUUUCAGCGGCGGGAAAGCGGCGUUGGCUUCAGCAAUGCGGCAGAAACACUACCUGGAAGCUGCGGCUCGCAACCUGAGCGGGAGCUGCCCGGGCCAGGCCCGCUACCUUCUCUGGACCUACAGCUCGUGCCACGAUGAAAAUAGGACUUUUGAGGAAACAUGCCCAUACUGUUUCCAGUUGUUGAUUCUGGAUAACUCUCGAGUGCGCCUCAAACCCAAGGCUAAAUUGACACCCAAAAUACAGAAACUACUUAAUCGAGAAGCAAGAAAUUACACACUCAGUUUUAAAGAAGCAAAAAUUGUGAAAAAGUACAAAGCCUCCAAAAGUAUAUUGCUGGUUACUUGUAAAACUUGCCAUAGAACAGUGAAGCAUCAUGGUAAAAGUAGAAGCUUCCUAGAAGCACUGAAGAGCAGUCCCACCACUCCUGCAAGUAAACUCAGCCUGAAGACACCAGAGAAAAAAACUCCGUAUCCUGCAAACCUAAAUCAGAUGACUGGUUCCAAAGGCAAGAGCCCAGCAUUGACUUUCAGAACACCUACGUCAGGACACUCAACACCCAUUUGCUCCUCAAAGAAUGCAAGCAGAAGAAAGAAGCACUUCUCUCAGCUAAAAACACUGCUUAGUCAGAAUGAAUCCCAAGAGAAUCCAAAGCUGGACUUCAGAAACUUCUUAUCUUCUCUGUGAAAUGUGGAUUUUGAAAAUGAGAAAUGUUUAGUACAAUUUCUGAAACUAAAGUUAGUAAACAACUUUUUCUUACCUUGA